GAAGUACACCCUAUUUCAGUUGUCCUUACUUAAAUUAUACUGAAACCUUCAUUUCAGGUGCUGCAGAAAACUGCUUCCUGGAGAAAUGGAUUGGAUACAUCCGAUUACAAUAUUUUUCCUAAUUAUUCUUAUAAUUAUGCUGGUUUUAAAAAUGAGCAAUUUCCGGAAUUACAGUACUCAAAAUCUUCCACCGGGUCCCAAGCCUUUACCAAUUGUUGGAAACCUCCACAUAAUAGAUCAGGAGAGGCCUCACAGAACAAUGCUAAAGUUGUCAAAGAUUUAUGGCCCCGUCUUCAGCAUCCAAAUGGGAUUCCAGAAAAUGGUAGUGUUGACUGGGUAUGAGAUGGUGAAAGAAGCUCUGGUGAACCAGGCUGACGCAUUUGCUGAGAGGCCCGUUAUCCCAUUGUUUGAAGAAUUUGCACAGGGUUUUGGUAUUAUUUUCUCUCAUGGUGAGAACUGGAAAGUGAUGCGGAGGUUCACCUUAUCCACACUUCGGGACUACGGAAUGGGCAAGAGAUCCAUAGAGGACAAAAUUGUUGAAGAGUGCAGCAUCCUGACAAAGAAACUGGAAUCUUAUAAAGGGAGACCAUCUGAGACAACUACAAUCAUGAAUGCAGCUGUUGCCAACAUUAUAGUAUCAAUAUUACUUGGCAGGCGAUACGAAUAUGAAGAUCUUACAUUUAGAAAAUUACUGAAGUUAAUCAAUGAAAAUGCUCGGCUUUUUGGAAGCCCCUCAGUCUUGUUCUAUAAUAUGUUUCCGGCACUUGGCUUCCUUUCUGGUGGUCGAAAAACUUGUCUUGAUAACAGAAAGGAGUUUUUUGCAUUCAUAAAUGCUACAUUCAUGAAACACCUCAAAGAGCUGGAUGAAAAUGACCAGCGGAGCUUUAUCGAUACCUUUCUUAUCCGACAGCAAGAGGAGAAGAGCAACAAUGGUAAUGGAUAUUUCCAUAAUGAAAAUCUAAGAAGUGUUGUGGGUAAUUUAUUUGCCGCUGGCAUGGAGACCACUUCCACCACCCUGCGCUGGGCCCUUUUGCUAAUGAUGAAGCACCCAGAAGUUCAGCGUAAGGUCCAAGAAGAAAUUGCUGUCACUAUUGGGUCUGCUCAGCCACGGGCUGAACACCGACAAAAAAUGCCAUAUACAGAUGCAGUAAUUCAUGAAGUUCAAAGAUAUGCUAAUAUUGUCCCAACCAGUGUGCCACGUGCAACCACUAUGGAUGUUACUCUUAAAGGCUACUUCAUCCCAAAGGGAACCCACAUCAUUCCAUUGCUGUCCUCUGUGCUCCACGAUGAUUCUCAAUGGAAGAAACCACUUAGAUUCUAUCCUGAGCAUUUCAUUGAUCCUGAGGGGAAGUUUAUUAAGAGAGAAGCCUUCAUGCCUUUCGCUGCAGGUCGGAGGCAGUGUGCAGGCGAGAACCUUGCCAAAAUGGAGCUUUUCCUGUUCUUUACAACUCUUAUGCAGAGAUUCACCUUCCAGCCAGCCCCUGGCACCUCUAGAGAAGACCUGGACCUUACCCCUGCAGUUGGGUUUACAACACCCCCAAUGCCCUUUGAAGUCUGCGCUCUGCCCCGUUGACAAGGCUGAAGCCUGCUAUGUGUCCAUCUCUACACUUCUUCUGCUGUCUUAUUCACCAAGAAAAUGUAUUGUACAAACUAUUCUGUGCAACUAGCCCAUGCUUGCUUACACACUUAAACUGUUCAAGAUAAUAUUGUGUUAUUUUGAAGUUUACUCUUUCUCAAGGGAAAACCCGAAUUAACAAAUAAAUGUAGCAAUGGUGGUGCUUGGGGUGUGGAGAGAUGGGUGUCUUGUUUUGUGGUGUCUGCUGAGAAGACAUUUAAUUUCAUUGUGUAAUAGUAAAAUGACAAUAAAGCUAUUUUAUCCUAAUCGAA